CAUACCUCAAUACAAAAAUAUCAAUCCUGAUAUGGCUUUUAAAAUGGAAAUAAAUUUGUUAACUUUCCUAAAAAAAAUAUUUUAAAAAAAUGCGAGUGAAACGUCCAUACAUUUGACAAAUUGGGAGUGAAACGUCUAGGUUUGAACCGUCUUGGGAGUGAAACGUCUCAAUAGUGAAAUGUCUUGGGAGUGAAACGUCUGAGAUUCCUAUAUUCAUGCACGUUCUCUUGUGUGAUACUCAUCGGGAACCAGUCGGUUGAAAACAAAUUGGUUCCCUUUUAAAAAUUCAUCUACUGCUGGCGUAGUAACAUUAAAACUGUGUUUAGCAAGAAUAUAAUUAUGUAAUUUUGUAAAAGAAGGAUUGGAAUUCUAGUAGUUAAUUGGUCAGUAAGUUUUAAAGUAGAAAGGGUAAUUAUGAUUCCCUGAAUAUCAUGACAAAGUAUUGGACCUAUUUUGUCCAGCGUAGUCGAGAUGUGCUCAAAUCAUAGUUAGCGAUUUAUAUCAUAAUUCCAUUGGGGCACUCGCUGGCGCUUGCUCCUCUAAAACGGAUAACAAUGCAAAAAUCGAGUGUCUAUGUUGCAUUGCUCAGUGUUUCUAUUUUGCUAAUUGGAAGCGGAAUUUCAGUGUAUCUACUGUCAAAUAAGAAUAACACAUGCCGAUGUAUUAUUCCAGACAGGUGUUUUAUUAAUGCGACAACAAAUUCUCAGAAUCUCACGUUAACUACUUUCACGACGAAUUUUCAAAAAAACACUUCUGCUGUAACUAAGCCGAAGGAAUCAGUGCAUGUUGAAACAAGUUUGGCGACAACUUCGUCUUCACUAAACACAACAACAGAAACACUAGAUUGUCCUGAUAACUGGAUUUCAUAUGAACAGUCAUGUUAUUUCAUCAGUCACCAAUCGGCGAGCUGGAAAGAUGCUAUGAUCCGAUGUAAAAAACUGAACGGUCAUCUUGCCGAGAUUACAUCUGCUGACGAGGAUCAGUUCCUGAGACACCAUAUUGAAACACUUGACAGACAAAAUAGUAGAGAAUGCCUCAAUGCCUCUUCAAAUCAAUAUAGUGGCACCACAACUACGACGUACGACGGACACACGUGCCAGCGAUGGGAUUCACAAACUCCCCACGCACAUACUCAAUUCAACACGUUUCCAGAGGGAUCUGUGACAGAUGCUGCCAACUAUUGCCGAGAUCCCGACGGCUUAGGGUUACCAUGGUGUUACACAACAGACCCCAAAAUUAGGUGGCAGUAUUGUGGCAUUUACGAGUGUCCGGGUGGGAACUACUGGGCCGGAAUGGUCAUGCUGGAAGAUGUCUGGAAAUGGAUCCACACGGAGACUGAACUUGAUCAAGGUUACACUAACUGGUAUCAUAACCAAAAACGGGAAUAUUGCGGGGCAUUAAUUUCGGAGUUAAACUAUCAAUGGAAGAGAAGCAAUUGUUUUUAUACGGCAAUGUACAUUUGCGAACAGACGAAAUAUAGAUAAGAGAGUUGUCGUCAUGAUGAACUCUUCGUGAAAUCAGACAUUGAAUGAACGCAGGACAAUUCAAUUCUUCUCUUGAUUCAUUGAAACAACAUUACAGCUAACUGCUGUUCGACCGUUCUUUGCCGUAAAAUGGAACUAUUUUACAACACAAUAAUUCAUGAUCAUUUGAUAUAUUUUGUACAAACAUGAGUAUAAUAUUUGCUGUAUUUUUAUAUGCAUGAAGUUAAAAACAGCAUGAAAUCUCCAGUUCAAAUAGGGAUAAUAGUUAGAUUUAAUUUAUGUCUUGAUAAUAAUUAAAGAUACUUCGGGUAUUUAAAAAAAUCUUCGUGAUUUUAUUUUGCAAAACUAGAAAUCUCUAGAAACUCUUCAGAAAAUGUGUGAUGACAUAUUCUGUUCAAAAUUCAAAAGUAGUGUUACUGUAAAUGUUGAUUUAUCUAGCGUCAUCAUAUUUUACUUUUGGGCAUACAUGGCCUGAUGUUGACCUACAUUAAUGUAAAUAGCAAAACUGUAUUUUUGAUAAGUUUAUUUAUCUUUUAAACUUGAUGGAGUAAGACUCACUCCUCUUCUAAAUUUAGUUGAGUUUUUUGCUUAUGAUUUUCAUGUUGGAGGGCUGAAAAAGAGAAUCUCAACUUAGCAUAGGAAAACUUUUCUACAUGUACUCUAUCAAGAAUGUGGAGAAUCAUAACUUUGUCAAAGCUCAGAAAUUUAUACUAUUUAAGGGAAAAGAUGUUUAAGCUCAGUCGGUAAAGCCUCGGAACGGCUUUCCGAGGGCCCCGGGUUUGAGUCUCGGUCAGGCUGUACAUUGAAAAACAGUAUUAAUAACAUGUCUGUUCCAAUGUCGUAAUAAACUUAUAUCAUAUAGAUUUUUUAACAAGGUUAUGAAACAGAAAUGUAUGUCUCUACAAGUAAUAAUCCUGCUAAACACAGAUCCGCUCUGGCUAAAUUCAGAUGUG